AAAACGAGAAAGCUAAACCCAGACUCAGACUCGGGUCUCCAAAUCUUCUCUCUCGCCGUCAUCUUUCUAGCUCUUCUCUCAUCUCUCAUCUCUCUACGGCGGCACCCAGACUCGGCCGGCGGCCCCAGCUGCUCUAUCUCUUCAGCCUUCAGGAAACAAUAUGAGAGUAAAGAAGCAGAAGCGUCAUAGGAAGAUAGUGCGGUUUUAUACAGCAUGUUAUGGGUUCAGGCAGCCAUAUAAGGUGCUCUGCGAUGUCACUUUUGUGCAUCAUCUUGUCACCAAUCGCAUCACCCCUGCUGACAAGGCCCUUUCUAAUAUCCUUGGUGCCCCUGUCACCCUAUUCACUACCAAAUGUGCUGUUGCUGAGUUGAAGAUGCAUGGUCCAAGCCUUGGUCCCUCCCAUUCCGAGUCUCUUGAAGCUGCCAGUAGCCUCAUUACUGCAAGGUGUGACCAUGAGGAAGCUAUGAGUGCUGAUGAUUGCAUCAUGGAUGUUAUUGGGAAAAAUAAUUCCGAGCACUUCUUUGUUGCUACUCAGCAGGCCGAUCUUCGUAAGAGAAUUCUCAAGAUUCCAGGUGUCCCUGUUGUAUACGCUCUGAGAACUGCUCUUUUGCUUGAGGCACCAUCUGUUGCCCAACGCCAGUUUGUGAAAACUUCUGAAGAACAACGUUUGCACAUGACUCACUUGGAAUUUAAGAUGUUGGAAAAGAGGGCAAAGAAUAUGUUGGAAAAGGAUUCCUCUGAUGAAGAUGUUGGUUCUGGAGAUCAGAACUUGGAAGUGCAGGCUGUUGAAAAGAACCGCACUGCUAGGAGAGAUUUGGGUGUGAAAGAUAAACCUCAGUUUAAGAGAAAGAAGGCAAAGGGUCCAAACCCACUUUCAUGUAAGCCGAAAAAGACUUCGAAAAGACCGGAUUCAGGGAAGGAAAGGAAUAAUGAAGAUGCCAGUGUGAGGAGUAGAAAGAAGCGGAAGAGAUCACGGAAAGGCAAAAGCCCUGUGAAAGCAGAUGGUUAAUGACCCAGUAUAGGUUUGAAAAAUGUCUUUCCUUUGCGUUGGUAGGCGAAGUGCUCACUUUUUCAGGGGAAUGGCAUUUGCUUUCUCUUUCAGGAUAAAUGAAAUGAAUGGUCUUGGAACUGGAGCAACAGGUGUUUCUUAUGUCUAUUUGUGAGACUUACUCUUCCUGUAACUUUGCAAUCAUACCAAUUUUGUUUUCAUCCAAAUCUCCAAAUUUAUAUCUUGCAUUCUGAUAACAGACAAGCAAGAACUAAUUUGGCUGCCAUAGCUAUGUAGAUUUACAAAUUUUAGUCUAGAACUUGUAACCUUAAGCACAACUCUCUU